AUUGGUACACUUUGUUCUAGCUAGUUGCAGUCUAAUUCAAAACUAAUGCAGUCAACAAAAUAAUGUUACUUUUCAGCUCAAACUAACCUGGCAGCUGAGUGUUUGGCAAGGCACAGGUUAACCUUGACGACUUUGGAGGUGUGCCGUUGCCGAGGGUCUUUUCCAUAACAGAAAGCGAAACUCAUGAGUGCUUUCUCUGUAAAACUCAUCAAAAUGGCUGAGCAGCAGCAGCAGGAGCAUGGCGUUGAUUUGGACCAGAAUCAGUUCUGCUGUUCAGUAUGUCUGGAGCUGCUAAAAGAGCCAGUCACCAUUCCCUGUGGACACAAUUACUGCAAAGGCUGUAUUGAGGGUUGCUGGGAACAUAAAGAGAAGAAGGGAAAGUACAGCUGCCCUCAGUGCAGGGAGACCUUCACCACGAGGCCUGUUCUGCGGAGGAACAACAUGCUGGCUGAGCUUGUGGAGAAGCUGAAGAAGUCAGGCCUUCAGCGGGCUUCUCCCCCUGCUGCUGAGGCCUGUGCCGGCCCAGCAGAUGUCGCCUGUGAUUUCUGCCGCGGGACCAAACGAUACAAAGCCACGAUGUCUUGCCUGACGUGCUUGGUAUCUUACUGUCCCGUUCACCUGGAGCCUCACCACAGGGUUCCUGUGUUGAAGAAGCACCAGCUGGUCUCUGCUACAAUCCCACUGCAGGAAAAGAUGUGUACCAAGCACAACAAGCUGAUGGAGGUCUACUGUCAGACAGACAAGAAGUGUAUCUGCUAUCUGUGCGUUAUAGAUGAGCAUAAGAGCCAUCGUACAGUGUCCGCUGCAGCAGAGAGGGCUGUGGAACAGAAACAGCUGACCGUGAAUCAAAAGAAAGUCCAGGAGAGACAAAAGGAGAGAGAAAAAGAGCUGAAUGAGCUGCUCCAAGCUCUGAAGGGGUUCAAGAAUUGUAGCCAGCCUGCAGUGAAGAUCUGUGAUAAGGUCUUUGACGGACUGAUCUCCUCCAUUAAGAAAAAACGCACAUUGGUGAAGCAGCUGAUCAAAGCCCAGGAGCACACUGCAGUCUGUCAGGCUGAAGAGCUGCAGCUGCAGCUAAAGGAGGAGAUCACCAAGCUGAAGAUAAGAGACACCGACCUGGAACAGCUUUCUCAUACCGACGACCACAUCCAUUUCAUUCAGACUUUCCAGUCCCUCUCCACCUCCUGCGAAUCUCCAGACUGGCCAACUGGCCCUGUUGUUCAUCCUCAACGUUCAACUUUCAAACCUGUGACUGACUGCGUGUCUAAGUUGAGGGAUGACAUAGAGGGCCUCCUGAAGGAGACAUCUCACAGGGUCUCUGCCACAGUUUCUACUAUAGAUGUUGUGCUGCCACCUGUGCCAAAGACCAGAGAGGAGUUUUUACGCUAUUGCCGUCCUCUAACCCUGGAUGGGAACUCAGUCUCCCGAUAUUUGUCCAUUUCACAAGAACACCGGCGAGUGGCGUAUGCAGCCUAUGAUAUAUAUUCUACUCGCUCAGGGCAGGUGUUGUGCAGAGAGGGUUUGUCAGAGCGCUGUUACUGGGAGGUCACUUUGAGUGGUUAUACUUGGUCUGUGGCAGUGUCCUACAAAGACAUCAGCAGAUUGUCAUCAUAUGAACCAGAGUUUGGAAAGAACAACAAGUCGUGGAGUUUAGAGUGCUCCCCAAACGGUUACACUUUCCAACACAACAGUACAGGCAUGGCAGUGUCCAGCCCUCCAUCCUCCACGAUCGGAGUGUUCCUGGAUUAUAAAUCAGGGACUCUGUCCUUUUACAACGUCUCUGACUCGAUGACUUUGCUCCACAAAGAGCACACCACGUUCACUCAGCCUCUCUAUCCUGGCCUUGGGCUGAAGAAUGGAAGCAGUGGACAUUAUGCAGAACUGGUCAAGUUAUGGUGAUAAAGUUUAUAUUGGGGUGGCUAAUGUGUGCCACUGUAGAUCAGGCUGUAAUUGGCUUUCCAAUAUAACUGAAUACCACAUGGUAGAUGAGAGGAUGCUAUUUUACAAGAGUGAAGAAUA